AUGAAGCUCUUUUGCCCCCCGGUGAUUGGCUGGCUCACGGUGGUUGUAUUGCUCGGUUGCGAGGGCACCGCCGGGCAGCAGUUAAAGCCGGCGCGUGCAUUGCUGCUUCCCCACCGGCCCUUCAUCGUGGUGUGGAACGCGCCCACCGAGGCCUGCCUCUUGCGAUUCAGGGUGGACCUGGACCUGCGCGUCUUCGACAUCGUGGCCAACUACAAUGAUACUCUCAGCGGCCCCAAUGUAACCAUUUUCUACCACUCCCACCUAGGCUACUACCCGUACUACUCGCACUCACGUGAGCCCAUCAAUGGCGGCCUCCCCCAGAACCAGAGCCUCUCCAAGCACCUCAGCAAGGCCCGUGCAGACAUUGACAAGCUCAUUCCAUACAAGGACUUCCAGGGCUUGGCUGUGAUCGACUGGGAGAACUGGAGACCGCAGUGGGUACGCAACUGGGGCUCCAAGGAUAUCUACCGCAACAAGUCCAAGGAACUCAUGAAGUUACUCCACCCACAGUGGCCCGACAGCAAGGUAGAGAAAGAGGCCAAGGAGCAGUUUGAGAAGGCUGGCCAGGCAUUCAUGAACUCCACCCUGCUGCUGUCGGAGAGCCGGAGGCCCCGUGGACUCUGGGGCUUCUACCUCUUUCCUGACUGCUACAACUACGGCUAUAAGCAACGCCCUCAACGAUACACGGGCGAGUGCCCCAAUGUGGAGCAUGUGCGCAAUGACCGUCUGAUGUGGCUCUGGAGGCAGAGCACUGCCCUCUACCCCUCAGUCUACCUGGACUAUGAGCUCAAGUCUACACCCAACGCUGUCAAAUUCGUUCACUACCGAGUCAAGGAAGCCAUGAGGAUUGCAUCUAUUGCCCGCAGCGACUACGCAAUCCCAGUUUUUGUCUACUCCAGACCCUUCUAUGCUUACACCUUCCAUGUCCUUUCAGAGAGUGACCUGGUCCACACCAUCGGGGAGAGCGCUGCACUGGGGGCAGCAGGGGUGAUCCUAUGGGGGUCCUCAGAGUAUGCCCAAUCGCAGAGGAACUGCUUGAUAGUGAAGAAGUACAUAGAUGGUCCUUUGGGUCAUUAUGUCAUCAAUGUGACAUCAGCAGCUAAACUGUGCAGCAAGGCCCUGUGCAAGAAGAACGGAAGGUGUGUAAGGAAGAGCCUUGAUUCAGGAGCUCUGCUUCAUCUGAACCCCCGCUUCUUUCACAUCAACCGCAAGCCGGCAUCUCAGAGCCACCAAGGAUCCAGGUUCAGCGUCAGUGGCCACCUCACCUACGAUGACAUCCUGGACAUGAAGCACAAGUUCACUUGCCAGUGCUACCAGGGCUGGACGGGAAUCUACUGUGAGGUGCCCGAGACCCUCGAUUUGCCCCCGUGGCCCCAGGACACCUUUCUCCGGGAGUUCUUCAUUGUCUUGUCCCUCCAUUUCCCUUGUCUGUGUGUCAUCAUCUUUCUCAGCUUCUGCCUCAUAAUCAAGUGCCUUUUGCUGUAG